AUGCAGGUUGCAAUAAAUUCUCACGCACACACACACACACAGAGCAGAUUCAGGGCAGUUGGGUUGCUGCUUACCUUUGAACACAGACAUGGCUUGUGGAGCUCUUUUGAGGAUCUUGCUGAUUUGCUUAGUUCAAGCAGAGCGUGUGCGUUGUUUGUGGGCUGCGAAAGCUCCGAGACAAAACGGCAACAUGCAUGUUGGCUUCUCCCAACACAGUAGUGUGUUUGGUGGCAACUAUCCCGAGAACGGACCUGAACAGACCUCCGGUUAUGUGGGCUCGGCCCAGCGGGGUAGUUUCGGCGCAGACGCUGGAGUUGGGAGUGUUUAUAGCCAGAGAUUUCCCAGUAAUCACUACAGACAAACCUCUUCUCAGCCUGCUAAGCGAGUCUAUUCUGCAGCCGGGUCGGUGCGCAGCAGCUCCGAGUCAAAACCUGCCAACCGGCCAACGACUAACUUGAAGAAACAAAAUGUGCAAAGGACUCCAAAAAAGGCGAACUGUGACGUUUCUGCUGGUAGUUCGAUUAGCCAGUACGAUCAAACCCCAAACGGCAAGGUGACUUGGUUGGGUCAGCGGGAAACGCCACGUGCUGCCAAACAUCAGUUCAGCCUGUUUGACCCGAGCGCUGCUGAGCCGAACACGGUCCCUGCCCGGACGCAGACGUCAGCCAGCGGUGCCGGUAGGCGAGCGUCUCCACGUCGUGGCCCUGCAGCCUCCAGGCCUUCCUAUUUCUCCGCUCUUCAGGACGAGUGGACUAGAAAGGCCCCCGGCAGGGCGAGCGUGAACGCUCGUGUCCUCCCGGCGUCCGGGUCCGGCGGCGCGGGGAACUCUGGUCGCGUCUCCCACCUGACAGGAGCCCACGACAUCCCUCCGCAAUUCGGGGGCUUUGCUAUCCGACAUUUGAGAGAACCUGCUGACCAGAAGGUGGGUGUCAGGAGGCCUCAGCAGGUGCACGUGGCCCCCCAGCGGCCCUCCUCAUCCCACAAGCCACCGGUGCACAGGGUUCACCCGGCUGCCACAAGGAUGAGGCUCCGACCGCCUCGGAAGUAGCAGGUCCAGCAAGGAUUGCGGGAUCACAGAUUUGAAAAUAAAUUCUUUUAAUCCA